AAUCGGGAAUAAAUCGGGAGUAAAUAGACAGCAAGAUGAUGGCCAACAAUAAACAGCCCUCGAUAAACGCGGUCCAGACAAAACCCGUGGAGGUUUCGCCGCAGCUGCAAGCCGGAGAGAAAUUUAUAAAAUGGGAUGAGGACUCCGGAGUGGGUACUCCGGUUACGCUGAAAGUUGAUGAGUUUGGAUUUUACUUAUACUGGAUCGACCAAAAUAACGAAGUAGACAUGCUGGACAUCGCGGUGAUAAGAGACACCAGGACUGGAAAAUAUGCAAAAGUACCGAAGGAUCCAAAGUUAAAGUCACUAGUGACAAUGGGGUCGCAAGACUGCCUAGAGGAAAAAACUUUGACCAUCUGCUAUGGAUCAGACUUCGUUAAUGUCCAAUUUAUAAACUUCUGCACGACAAAAGCGGAAAUAGUGCGGCAUUGGACAGAUCAGUUGCUACAAUUGGCGUAUAAUUUAACUUCACUUAAUAGCAGUGUCACUGCAUUUUUACAAAAAGCCCACACGAAAUUAGUACUGGGCGCUGAUAAAUCUGGUAAAAUUUCAACCAAAAAUAUAAUUAAAAUGUUUACGACAAAUAAAGAGGACCGAAAACGCGUUGAAAAGGCACUUGAUAUUUCUUCUCUGCCAUCUGCCAAGACUGACUCGGUCCCGCUGCAAAAGUUUCAAUUUAAAGACUUCUACAAUUUCUACAAGUCGCUAACCCAGAGGACGGACGUUGACAAAGUCUUUGAUGAGAUAGUCGGCGGUAACAGCAAACGCCGAUUGAUGUCAACAUCGCAAUUUGUUGAUUUUCUUAAUAAAUCACAGCGUGAUCCUCGACUCAAUGAAAUAUUAUAUCCGUACGCGAACGACGCCCGAGCACGAGAUAUUAUCAAUCAAUACGAACCGGAUAAAAAUAACGCCAGUCGAGGACAGUUGAGUUCCGAUGGCUUUCUUAGGUAUUUAAUGAGCGAAGAUAAUCCAAUUGUUGCUAUGUCAAAGUAUGAGCUCGACGACGAUAUGGAUCAACCUCUUGCUCAUUAUUUUAUCAAUUCUAGUCACAAUACUUAUCUCACAGGCCAUCAACUUACGGGAAAAAGUUCCGUGGAAAUAUACCGGCAGUGUUUACUCUCAGGUUGUCGCUGCGUUGAAUUAGAUUUCUGGAAUGGAAAAUUUGACGAGCCUGUAAUAGUUCAUGGAUACACAUUUGUGCCUGAAAUAUGCGCUCGGGAUGUAAUCGAGGCGAUUGCUGAGAGUGCCUUCAAAACAUCCGAAUUUCCGGUUGUGCUCAGUUUCGAGAAUCAUUGCAAUCCCCGUCAACAGGCUAAGAUUGCUCAGUAUUGUAGAGAGUAUUUUGGUGAUAUGUUGCUUGACUCUCCCCUCGAUUCGCAUAAGCUGUUGCCAGGUCACGUGCUUCCACCGCCGUCGCUGUUGAAGCGCAAGAUAAUAAUAAAGAAUAAAAAGAAACACCGUAACCACAAGAAAGACAAGAAGCAUCACCACACGGACCAGGCUGCUCAGGGUGUUCAAGUGACUGAGAGCAACGGCGUAAGUCAGCAGGUUGACGGUGAGAAUGGACCCCCGCCUGACGUAGUCCCGCAAACUGAAGUUGAAGGCGAGCAGCCGAUGGGCAACGGCGUGUCCCACAGUCCGGCGAUGCUCCAGCAGCGACAGAGCAGCAAAGACAGCAACCAGGAUGAUGAUGAUGACGAAGAUGAAUCCAGCACCGAGGAAGACGAGUCGAAUGUCGAAGACAUAAAGCUGAGAAUGGAUGACAAAGUAGCAGCGACUGACAAAGUCGCAUCUACUGCUAAAGAAACCGAAGCUGGUGCUGAAAUAUCAGCACUCGUAAAUUAUGUACAGCCAGUGCACUUCAAUAGUUUUGAAAUUGCUGAAAAAAAAAAUCGUAUGUAUGAAAUGUCUUCGUUUGAUGAAAAACAAGCGACAACUUUACUUAAAGAAAGACCAGUGGAAUUUGUCAACUACAACAAACAUCAACUAUCUCGUGUGUAUCCGGCUGGAACGCGAUUCGACUCGAGUAAUUUUAUGCCUCAAGUAUUUUGGAAUGCCGGCUGUCAGUUGGUAGCUUUAAAUUACCAAACUCUCGAUUUAGCUAUGCAGCUAAACCUCGGAAUCUUCGAGUAUAAUCAGCGUUGCGGUUAUUUGCUGAAGCCAGAAUUCAUGAGACGUGAAGAUCGUCGUCUGGAUCCGUUCGCUGAGUCAACAGUCGACGGCAUAAUUGCAGGGACCGUUCAAAUUCACGUGAUAUCUGGUCAGUUUUUGAGUGACAAGCGUGUGGGCACUUACGUCGAGGUUGAUAUGUACGGGCUGCCAGCAGACACCGUCCGCAAGAAGUUCAGAACUAAAAUAGUACCAAACAACGGUAUCAACCCAGUCUACGACGAUGAGCCAUUUGUAUUUAAGAAGGUCGUAUUGCCCGAGCUCGCGUCUCUCCGCAUCACCGCUUACGAAGAGUCCGGGCGGUUCAUUGGCCAUCGAGUGCUUCCAGUGGUGGGUCUCUGUCCGGGAUACCGACACGUGACUCUGAGAAAUGAUUGCGGUCAGCCACGUCCUCUGGCCAGUCUCUUUCUCCAUGUCAUUGUUAAGGACUACGUACCUGACGGAUUCAAUGACUUUGCCGAGGCCCUUGCCAACCCCAUUAAGUAUCAAUGCGAGUUAGAAAAGAGAGCCAAGCAAUUGGAGCGGCUGAUGGACAUUGAUGAGGGAUUGGAAGGAGAAACUGACGAGAAAGAUAAAGAUAAGGAUAAGGAUAAAGACAAAGAAAAAGAUAAAGAUAAAGACAAAGAAAAAGAUAAAAUUGUUAGUGGAACAAGUGCUGCUAAACCCGCCGUGAGUUUUGACGAUACGGCAAAAGCUAAGAGAUUACAGUCUUCCGGGGAUUUAUCUGGUGCACUGCCGGCGUCAGGAAGUCCACAAGGUCGAGCAUCAUCUGCUGGUUUGGAAGUUCCUGAAACUCCUGAUACGGAAGACGGAGUUGGUUCGCCAACAGUUUCUGUUCUCGAUGUUUCGUCUACUAAAAGUUCUACUGUAGUUUCAAUUGGAGAAAACAUCGUUGCGGAGAGUUUUGAAAAACUUAUGAACAACAAGCUCGUUUUGGAGAAGAGAGGAGAGUUGGACAAGAAACUUGAAUCUUUGCGUCGCAAGCACGAGAAAGAACGAGCUCGCCUUCAGCCGGCGAAGAGCUCCGUCGAUGGGGAGAAACAUAAAUCAAAAUUUUAUACCAACAAAUUGGUCAAACGGCUUUCUACCAGAAAUAUAUUUUCCAGUGACGUCGCUUUUAGCACCGUAAAUCUAGCAGAGACGUCGGAGAAUCCGGAAGAGGGAGUCGAGGGCGCAGUGGGAGGCCUCCCCAGGAGUCAAAGCGAGCGAUUGCUGAACAUCUACAAAGAGCAGUUGGAUCAAGAAAGAGAACUUCAGGAAAAAUACCACGAGAUUGUGUAUUCGAUGGUUGAAAAAGUUAUGAAAACAUCUCAGACCAAUCAAAUGAAGACACUCAAGGUUCUUUUGGAAAGAGAAAUAAGCAGCGCCAUGAGAAGGCUACAAAAAUUACGACACUUUGAGGUGAAGCAAUUAGCGAAAGUACACAAAGAUAAGGCGGAGUUUGAUCGCAUGAAACGAGAAGUCGGCAAGACGACCAUUCAAAAGGGAGUUAACGAAUGCGGUCGACUGACGACUAUUUAUGACAGGAAGAAAACAGAGCUAGAGGCCCAGCACGAGGAAGUUCGUCUGAAGCUUGAAGAAGAGAAAACUAGAGUAAAGGCGGCGUUACAAGCCGAGUUCACUAGUCGUUCCAAAAAAUAUGAGAGUAGUGAGCAAGCAGUAACGCCUUCAGGUAGUAAAAGUAUUGCCGACACCUUGGGAAGAACACCCAACUGACUCCCCGCUCAGGAUCGCGACCAGAUCCACGAGCUAUAUCGCAAUCGACCUUUUCACGUCUAGAGUAUGUUAAGAGAGACAGAUAAGACUUUUUAAAAAUAUAAUACUCCGAGUACGAGUUUUAAAUACGGAAAUAAAUAAAUAUCGGAGCGACCGAAUGACUUUUAUGACAAAUGACAGGAAAUACUGGACGUAAGUACACUGAGGAUUAAUUUACCUCAGGUAUUUUGUAUUGUAUCUGACAAAAGACUCGCUUUGUCAACAAAGUAAACGUCUUUGCAGUUUUGUGUCUAUUACGAGACAGGUAUUUUAGAAUAUAAAAAUAAAUAGUACACCGUACGGUGAACGACACGUCAUCGCUCUUCUCAUACUCAAUUUAUUUUAUUUUUAUUUUUAUUAUUAUCGAUUUUUUUUUUCGUUUUUUUUCAACAGUAUUAAAAGAGUACAGAUAAAUAUCCAUUACAUAUAUUCAGAUAAUUAUUAUUUUUAAAUUCAGUAUCUCAAGGAUUUAAUUUAAAAUUAUCUGACCGUACAUUAUUCUAAAUAAGUGUAAACUUUUUGAAACGAUUGCUCUCCAUCUUGUUGUUAUAUACAUAAGAGUUAUUUAUUUAUUUUAUUCUGACGAUAUAUUAAUAUAUAUAUACAUACAUACAUCCAUACAUACAAACACAUAUUAUUAAUAUUAUGAUUCUUACAAUAAACAAUUGGAUUUUUUAAAAAAUUCAAUCCACGUUUCGUAAUUUUUAAAUACUUGCGCAAAUUUGUCUGGCCUAUAAAAAUAAAAGUAAAAAUAAAUCGGUUCAUUUUUCGGCUAUUGUAAAAUUUGACUGAAAGUAUACAUAUAUAUAAUAUAUACAUUAAAAAAUUUGGAGUGAAUUCAGAGAAUUCUGGAUUUUAUUCCACUCCGGAUUUUUAAUCCGCGUUCACUCGCAAAUUUUUUACAGUAUAUAUAUUUGAGAAGCCGUAAAAUAAUAAAUAAUAUUGAUAAUAAUAAAAUAAGUCUGGUGUUGUAAUAAAAUAAUAAAUAAUUUCGAGUAAUUACACGAGACGUGGGUCUGAUAUAAAUUUUUUUUCGGUUAUAAAUAUGAUAAUUAAUUAAAAUCGUGUAAGGUUUAGCCGUAAAUAAAAUAUCAUCUCUUACAUGUUUUGGACGGUGAUAUGAUCAAUUGGUUUAUCGGUAACUUCGAGGAAGACAAUCAAAAAAAAAUUUUACACGAUAAGCAUUUAGCGGUAACACUUUUCCCUGUUAUUUAUAAUCUAAAUUAAUGAAUUAAUUAAAAUUAAUGAUAAUAAUUAUUGUAAUCGAGUCUUUAUUAAUUGUGAAUUUAUUUAUAGUAAUGGGUGAUGUGUGGUAAUUAUUAUUUAUUUUAAAAGUUAGUCACAAGUUACCAAUCGUCUACAUAAAUAUAUAACAACAUGUAUACCUAUAUAUAUUUAUUGAUAUAACAAUUAUAAAUAAUAAGUGAUCAAUGUCUUUUAAAAGAAACAUUGGAUGAGGCGGUUAGAUCUAGAGUGUUUUUAAAUAAAAUAAUAUAUAAUUAUAAUUUUAAAUGACCCAAAGUUUUUUUAAUGCCAAAAGCACUUUUUAAAUAAUUCAUGUUUGCCGUUACGCUUAUUUGUUUCUCGGCAAAAUGAAUAAUAAUAUAUAAUAUAUAUGUAAUUAUUGUACGAGACCUCAAUCAAACCGCCAGUCGAUGUUGCGAUACGCGUUUGUGAUAAAUAAUGGAUCUCAAUUAAAGCAAUCGUAUGAUUGACAAUGAAGUUUAAAAUCUACGACUAAGGGGAAAGGAUUUUUAAUGAAUGGACACUACACAGAUAAAGAUUUUUUGGCGCGAAAAAUUUUUUUUCAUUAUAAAUUGAAAACAAAAUUUUUAUUGUGGCGCGAAAAAUUUUCUCAGACCAAAUUCUUGUCGAGAAAUUUUUUCUGGACCUAAGAAAAAUUUUGUUUUCUAUUUGUAAGAAAAAAUAUUUCUUGUGCCGAGAAAUUUUUUUUUUCUGUGUAAAAUUAAUAAUAAUAUUAAUAAUAAUAAUUGUAAUAAUAAUAAAAUAAACAAAGUACAAUGCUUCUAUUUCUCACUGAAGUUGCUACAAUCGUACGAAAGUCGACUGAACUAUUUGCUAAUAAUAUUGUUAGAAAAAAUAAAUUAGUAAUAUUUAAAAAAAAAGUAGAUUGAUAUCCGAGACGAGUUUCAAUAAAUUUAUAUCGGUGAAUAAAAUAAUUUUAAAAAAUUAAUGCUCAGUUUUAAAUCGAGUUUUAAAUAAACUUUAUCAGCUAAAUGAGCUUACAUACAUCUGAGCAAUAAACUGGACAUUAAAUGACGAUACUGAGUAAUUAAAUUGUGAAACUUGUAUCAAUUAUACCGAUCCCCAAAGUCCAUUUAGUCCAUUAUACUUAUACUUAACAAAUAACUGCAUUUUAUAGAUAGUAAUUGUAUUAAUUUAAUUGUAAAAAAAAGAUAAAAAAUGCAGGAGAAUAAGCGCGAGUUUAUUAUUUUAAAUCGGCGACCAGUCACGUCAAAGUCGCUGUUAUUUAUUAUCAUGAUUUACUUAUUACUCUGUUUGAACACUUCCAUAUUUAUGUCUUCGAAUGUUUAUAAAUAAACGUAAUAAAUUAUAACUCUUAAAAAAUAAAAAAUUGUAAUAAUUCCAUUUAAUUAUUUUGUGCAUUUAAAAUUUUAUUCAAAUAUUUCGCGGGUAAUAAAAUGUAAAUUUUUGUUUGUGUUUAUUAAUUAAAAUUAAUUCAUUUACUUUCUGGGUUAUUUUUUUUUUUUUUGUUAAUUAAAAAUAAUUAAAAAAUGGAAUUAUCCAGUUCUGUUUGUAAAAUAAAAAAACGCGCAUUUAAAAUGCAAAUUUUUUUAUGAGAAUUCUCUCUAAGAGAUUUUCCGGAUGCAUUAUAAAUACGAGUAUAGAUCUGAAUUUUUUUUAAACUAAAAAUUGUGUUCACUAAUUUUUUUUUUUGAAAGUAAUCUCAGUACUUGCGAUUUUUCUUAUACAUUUUCUUCCAUGCCAUAUACAUAUACAUAUAUAAAUAUAUUUAUACAAAUAUGUGUAUGCAUAUAUCUAUAUAUACACAUAGAAAUAAAUAAAUAAAUAAUUGUAAUAAUAAUAGAGAUAAUUAUAUUCGUGUUGAUAUAUUAUGUGUUGUUGCUGUUGAUGUUGUUAAUUACAAAUGUAGCGACCAGUAGCUAGACAAAUUAAAAAAAAAAAAAAGAAAAAAAAAUAGUAAUAUUUGAUAUCUUAAUCUUAUUCGUGUCAUAGUCGUCUAUAAAUUUCCAUGCGCUGACUUGCCAGACUUAAAGCGCGUUCCUUAAUUAUUUAUAAUUAAUUAAUUAAGUCUUCCUUGUUGAUUGGAAGGAACAAAAGUAAAGCAUUGUAUUGUAAUUUAUUUAUUUAAUGUUUACUGUUAAUUAACUUUAAAUCAAUUAUAUAUUUAUUAAAUAUUUUCUGAAUGUCUACACACAAAUGUCAGUAAUUAAUUUUUAUCAAUGAAUUUAUGAUGUACAUAUAUAUAUAUAUACAUAUAUAUUUUAAUAAUUUUAAUUGACAAAUUUGCUCCUUUACAAUUCGUCUAUUUUAAAUGAUAUAUAUUUAUAAAUAUAUUGAUGGAUAAAUGGAUAAUUGUAAGGCUUGUCAGUCGCGUAAUUAUGCCGCUUUUAUUUUUAUCUUCUCAAUGUACGAUUUCAUAAAUGUCUUUAAAUAUAUUGUAUAUUGUGAUGAAACAAAUUUAUUAUUAUUAUUAUCAUAGUGAUCCUGAAGUUGGUAGACAAUUCAUAAUUUUUUGAUUUUUUUUUUCAACAAUUCAAUUUAAAAAAAAAAAAAAAAAAAAAAUGCACGUGUAGAAAAUUUUAAAAACUAUAGGUGCAAUUUUUUUAAUUAUUUUUUUUUUUAUAACUUGUGUUUUUAAAAAAAAUUUGAAAGUUAUUAGACGUCGACUAACUCCAGUGUCAUUAAAAUAUGAUUCUGAAAUUAACAGACAGUAGAAGAUUUUCAAAUUUUUUUUUCAACAAUUUAAUUACAAAAAAAAUGCACAUGUAGAAAAUUUAAAAAACUAUAGGUGCAAUUUUUUAAAUUAUUUUUUUUUUCAUAAUUUAUGUUUUAAAAAAAAAUUUGAAAAUUAUUAGACGUCGGCUAACUCCAGUAUCAAUUAAAAUAAAUUAUUGGAUGAUUGUAAUUUAAUGAUAAUAAUAAUAAUUAUUAUUGUUAUUAUGAUAAUAAUAAUUAUGGAGAAAUUUGUUUCAUCAAUGAGUGCCACUGAAUGGUAAUGAUGAUAAAUUAUGCUCACGUGCUUCUAAAUUUAAUCUCUAUUGAUAAGACACCAAUUAAUGUCUUAACUAUAAGUAUGUAAUAUUUAUAAUAAUAAUUAAGUGUAGUGCAAACGGCCUAUUGACUAAUCGUAGCUUAUUUCGCUUAAAUUGUGAUUAUGUGAAAAAAAAUAAUAAACGAGAACGUCAACGUUCUCUAUAUAUUUUUUUUCCUCUCAAUUAUAAUUUUGCCAUAAAUAUAAAAAUUUGUUAAUUAAAACCGGUUUCAAUUUCGGCUGGAUAUUUCGGGUAAAUAAAACCAACUUUUUAAUUAACAAAUUUCGAUAAUUUAAAUAUACGUACAAAUGUUGACAAAGUUAAUAAUUUUACAACGAUUUCCGGUACCUGGCCGCUGUCAAAACACUCGAGUAAAUUAUAAUAUAUGAGAGAGUCGAAACCGAACACUAAAAUAUUUAUUAUUAUUAUUUAUACUUGAACUGUCACUCGAUCGGGCUCGGAAUAAAUUUUAAUUUGUUACUCAAUUUAUUUAAUUAAAUUGAGCACAAACUUUUAAUCAACUGGUUAUUAAAAAACAAUAAAAAAUGAAGGUUCUUCUUCAUGACUCUAUGAUAGUAUCAAAGCUACGAAGUCUCUUUAGCUAAUUAACAAUAUAUAUAAAUAAUAAACUUACUCAAUAUGCAUUAAUGAGACUCGCACUUUAAUCUCAUCUAAUUCUACCCAUUAAUUUAUUAAUUACUCAUAUAUGAACACGUAUUAGAGUGAUUCGUUUGGAGCUACAAUUUUUUUUUUCAUUCCCACUGGAAAA